GAUCGUGAAUCCGAUCGGAGACUUGCAUGUCCUUACUUUAAACACAACCCCUCCAAAUAUCGGGACAUUGCCCCUUGUUUAGGACCUGGGUGGGGUAAACUUCACCGUCUCAAGGAACACAUAUAUCGCUGCCAUGCGCUUCCGCCUCGCUGCACGCGAUGCUGUCAGAAAUUCAAGUACGACUCUGACCUGACAGCCCAUUCACGAUUGCCAGAAGGAUGCGAAGUUCGAGACGAAGAACCGCCUGAAGGCAUCGAUAGCAAUCAGAGGCAGAAACUAAGAUCCAAAAAGAAGGGUGAAUUCGGCAACACGAGAGAAGACCGAUGGAAACAUGUGUACUCUGUCCUGUUUCCGAACACGGCGAUCCCGUCACCCUACUAUGAUUAUGAUGAAGACUUCGGUCAGCAAACUACUAAUUCUCCAUCCUCUGCAAGAUUUGCUCGCUAUGAUGCCUACCUCAGGCGCGAACUGCCGCAUAUUGUCCAACAAGAACUUGAGACCGAGAUGGAGAAGGAGCUUAGCGUGGUGGAUGAGAAGCUGAAGAGUAGACUGCCGAACAUCGUUCGGAACUGUCUAGAACGGCUAUGCCGGACAUUUCAAGAAAGGGCUUUACCGGAGGAAGCCAUACCGACCGAAGGUCUGGCACGUGAGCCAGAGACCAACAUAUCAGGCUCUGUCGAAGCGGCUGAAAUCAACUCCUUUCCA